UGCUCAUGCGCAAAUGUCAGAUAUGGGUCGAUUUUUGUCAUGGCGUUGGUGCUGUUACUGUUUAUUGCUUGUUGAAAAUGCGAUAUGUAAACCAAAUUGAAGAGCUUCAGUAUUUCGUCCUGUUAACCGAUGUAAAAUUAUAACAGAAAUAUCAAGAAUUACAAAUGUGGAAGCGAGUGCAAAUGGGACUAAGAGCAUUUUUGCUUGUCACAUCUAAAGUGUGGACUUGCUUUUGCUAUAUGAUUAAAAAACAGACUAGAGCUAUAAUACAACAUCAAUCCGUCAAGUAUAAUAUUUACCCACUGUCGCCAUUAUCAAGACAUCGACUAAGUAUCGUGAAACGCAAAGUAUUGGUUUUAGAUUUAGAUGAAACAUUGAUUCACUCACAUCACGAUGGCGUCGUACGACAGACGGUUAGGCCGGGAACGCCACCCGAUUUCGUUUUGAAAGUAGUAAUUGAUAGGCAUCCUGUACGAUUUUUUGUUCAUAAAAGACCGCACGUAGAUUUCUUUCUCGACAUUGUCUCGCAGUGGUACGAUCUUGUUGUGUUCACCGCGAGUAUGGAGAUAUAUGGUGCCGCAGUAGCCGACCGUUUGGACGCGGGGCGCGGGAUUCUCCAACGCCGGUACUACCGGCAGCACUGCACGCCCGACUUGGGGUCGUAUACGAAAGAUCUCAGCGCCAUUUGUAACGAUUUGUCUAGCAUAUUUAUUUUAGACAAUAGCCCCGGAGCAUAUCGGGCCUAUCCAGAUAACGCGAUUCCAAUUAAGUCGUGGUUCUCGGAUCCUACGGACACUGCAUUGCUCAACCUCCUUCCUGUGCUGGACGCUUUACGUUUUACGGCAGAUGUACGAUCGGUCCUAUCGCGAAACUUACAUCUGCACCGUCUUUGGUAGACUCAGUAGCCGCUCAAACCUGAAGAUGGUGUCCAAAGUGAUCCGGGUCCGAACAACUUCUCACAAUGUAAAUAUUAAACUAGUAGAAUAAAUUAUUGUUUGUUUACUCUAUUUCAUUUUAUCAAGGUGUAAUUACGUAACAUUAUUUUUCAUCCCAUUGUUUUCGAUUGCCAAAGACAUUUUUGUAUAGUUUUUGUUAGUUUUUGUGUUGCGUAGAACGUUGCGAAAGUAGUUAAAUUCCUUUAAAUUUACGUAUUUAUGUAACGAUAUUUUCUGCAUCAGAAAAUAUUCACGUUGUUAAAUGUUGCGCAUGUUUAAAGAGGAAACAAGUACCUAAUGAUCCUUGUACAACUAAAUUGAACGUUUACUGUAGGUAUAAGUUUUUCCGAAACUCCUAUUGUACUUGCCAGUGGUACUAGAAAAGUAUGUAGUUUUAUGUAUCCGAGUUCUCUCUGUUCACAAGCCUUAUUUUAGUUUGUACUGAAGACUACGUAGCCUGAACACCUAAAUGGUACAAAUCGCAGAGAGUUGUACAAGGAUUUACAAGCUAUAAAGGAUGUGUUUAAUCUACAAAUAAAAUAGCACAUUGAACCUUCAGUUGGUUUGUACUUAAAUUGAAAAUAAACAACUUCAUAAGUGUUCUUCAACAAAUACUAGUUUAGGUACAAAUUUCUUUGUGGAUAUUUUUGUAAAUGAAAGUAAAUGAUACAAUGUUACGAUUUUGGAAAGGUGUACAUAUCUGUCCUAUCAGUUUCGAAUUCAACAUAGUAUAAUAUAUUUAGUAGAGAGUAACCUGUAAAUAAUAACUGUUUAGAUUAUUAACGAUGACAUGUAAAUAUUUUUACUUUAUUAUUGUAUAUAGUAUUUUAAGAACUGUCCUGUCACAUCUACCGUCAUUAUUAUGUACAAUCAAAUAGAUUAUAUUUAUUUGAUAUUUACUCGAUAAUAAAGAUUUGUGAACUGAU